CAAGAGCAUGGAAUUCAAAUAUUUUACCACCUGCACCAUGAACAGCGUCCAAAUUUAUUCAUCAUGUGCGGGCUAUGGAACAAAGGUUGAGUGAAUGGCCUAAACCACCAACCACAGCCAACACCACAACUAAUUCAACCAAUCAACAGCAACAAGGCCUUCAACAGCAACAACCUCAAACUCCAGCCAAUACAUCACCAGUAACUGCCAGUCAACAACAACAAUCCACAAGUCUUCCAGCCCAUCCUGAAGCCGAAAAAGUCAUAACCUCACUAGAAAUCCAAGUAGAGGAGCAACGUCAAUUACGACUGCAGGACGCCCGACAAAUCGAAGCCAAGGCGGCCAAAAUCAAAGAGUGGGUCAACAAUAAACUCCGUGACCUCGAGGAACAAAAUGAACUAUUGCGUGAGCAAAAUCAAAAGUGCAAUCAACAAUUGGAACUGCUGAAAAACUACAUAGCCAAUCAGUCGAAUCGACACAGUGUCAUUGGGCCCGUUCGCAACAGUUUGAGUCUGGAUGUCCAGGAGUUUGCCGCCUCGAAGGAGAAUCGUCGUCGCAGCGAAAGUCUAGAUACCCAAGAGAUUAUAAAUCGCCCCCUAACCGCCUCAUAUCCACAUCACCAGCAUCGUCGCAAUCUCUCCAUGGAGCCGACUGAGUUGGAACGUAAUCUGGUGGCGGCCGUUGAUGGUCUCACCCUCGCCCCCUUAGCUAGCAUAUCAAAACAAUCCGCAAGUGGCGGUGCGAAAAAUGGUCGCCCCGAUAGUUCGGAUACAGAUACCGCGCAUGAUUAUGCCGAAAUCUAUACACCAUCAUGUGAAAAAAUGCCAGCCUGGAUGAAAAAUAAUCCUGCUCUAAUGGCCAGUGGUGGCACCAGCACCACAACAACUACCAGUGAAAUAGGUGGAGUACCAAGACCACCAACACCACCGUUACAUCGUUUCCCAUCGUGGGAGGCGAAAAUCUAUCAAGUGGCCAAUGAUGGUUUGGCCGGUGCGAGUAGUUCUGAAAAUGGUGGUGGUGGCGCCACAAGUAGUCAUUCACAGUCAGCUCAGGCACCGCCGCCAGAUAUUCAAGAAUCGACUAGCGGUGCUAAUAGUCAUUCGAAUACCCUAAAUAAUGUUCAUCAUGGUCGUCAUACUCCUGCUUCGUUAAAUGAUGGGGGUGGUGGUGUCAUAACUCCCGGUACACCUCAAAUGCCAACGAGACAACAACAAACAGCCAGUGGUGGUUUCUGUGAUAUAUCGGUGCCAGUUUAUGCAACAGUUAAAGGGCGCGCCUCUCAAAUACGUUCCAUGCCAUUUACCGGCGACUCAUCGGAUGAUUCGAGCGAUGGGGAAGAUCAUGCUGUUAUGCUAACACACAAUUCACAUAAUUCAUCGAGUACCGACAAUACGGAAACAUCAACUUCCGGUAGUGCUUCCAGUCCAUCGAAAAGUUGUAAAACUUCCUCAUCGUUGAGUCCAGCUAAACGUAGUGGUUCUGAGAGUCCUAAAAAUACAAAAGCACGAGUCAAUCGUAUUAUUCAUCAUUACAAACAUUCAGAUGAUCAUCAACGUCAUGAGUCCCAUCAUCAUCAACAACAACAAAUUCGCAAUCAAAGUCCCAGUCCCAAACUCCAACAGCGUAAAAAACAAACAACAACACUCCACCACAACACCAUUACCCACAACCAACAUCAUCAAAAUCAGAAUCAUCAUCACAACACCAUGCCCCUACCCUAUACACAUCUCAACAAUCACAAUAUCCAUAAUUCCCACUUGAGUCCGAAUAACACCAAUGCAAUCAUGCGCAAAUCACCAUCACAAACCAAUCCGGCACAAUAUCAGAGAAACUCGACGUCUGCCAACAAUCAUCAUCUACGUAUCCCUCAUCAAAUGCGUGGCACAGUAAUUUCAGAUAUUUCCUUUGAAUCAGGCCUAUCCGACGAUUAUGCUUUGCCGCCCGAUGCUGUUUCGGAGUCCACGUGUCCCAUGGAUGCUAGUAUGCCAUCGCUGUUGAUGCGCCAGUCCUAUGUAGAUUCGCCCAGUAAGAAAUUGGAGUCCUUGGAAAAGGCUGGUCAUUUGGCCAAAUUGGGUGGUAAGCUAAAGACCUGGCGUAAACGCUGGUUUGUCUUGAAAAAUGGCACCCUGACCUAUUGGAAGAGCCAACAUGACAUUAACCGCAAACCCCAAGGCCAGAUAAUGCUUGAUGAGGCCUGUCGCAUUAGCAAAGCCGAAGGUGCCUCCACCUUUGAAAUUGAUACGGGGAAAAAAGUCUAUUAUCUCACUGCCGAUUCCAAUGCCACAAUGGAUGAUUGGAUCCGAGUUCUACAAAAUGUCCAAAGAAGAAAUGCCACCAAACUGCUGCUGAGUAGAGAAGAUCAAAAGCCCACACUGCAGGGUUGGGUAACCAAGGUGAAGAAUGGUCACGCCAAGAAAUGUUGGUGUGUGCUGUUGGGGAAGAUGUUUUUGUAUUUUAAGGCGCCCAAUGAAACCAAUCCCCUGGGUCAAAUAAACAUGCGUGAUGCUCGAGUCGAAGAAGUGGAACAUGUUUCCGAUUCAGAUUCCGAGGAAAGAGAGGAUCCCCAAAGUCAGGCCCAUUUAACGGUGGCCAUAUAUCCUGCCCAUCAGGGUCCCACAUAUUUGAUAUUGCCCAACAAGGCCGAACGGGAUAAUUGGUUAUACAAUUUGACCGUGGUUUCGGGUGGUGGACCCAGUGCUGGCACACAAUAUGAACAAUUGGUGCAAAAACUCAUGGAAACCGAUGGAGAUCCUAACUGUGUUAUUUGGCGCCAUCCUAUUUUGUUACACACCAAAGACACAAUUACCGCUCCCAUGUGUACACUGCAUACCGAAAGUAUGCAUCAGGAAGCCAUUAAACUAUUUAAGAGCAUUCAAUUGUUUAUGUCCGUGGCCGUAAAUCAACCCGGCAUCGAUUAUCAUGUUGUACUGGCCCAAAAUGCUCUGCAACAUUGCCUGGAUAUGCCCGAAUUACAUUCGGAAAUGUUUUGCAUUCUCAUCAAACAAACAUCCCGGCACACGGGCCAAAAGCUUAGUGUUGGCGUCCAGGUAAACAAGAAACUGGGCAAGCAGACGCGCCAACUACUAUUAUGUGCCACGCAAAGUCUAUUUGCCUGUGAUACUCAGCAAAGUGGUAAUGCUCAAGCAAAUGGCAGUUCACCAACAUCCUUGCAGGCUCCUGUACCUCCUCCAAUAAUAGACUGCAAAUCCAAUCCUCCCGCCUAUUCCUUCGUCCAAGGCUGGCAACUAUUGGCCUUAGCUGUCUCUUUGUUUGUGCCCAAGUCCAGCCGUUUAUUGUGGUAUUUGAAAUUGCAUUUGUCUCGCAAUGCCGAUACGAAAACCGAAACCGGUAAAUAUGCUGCCUAUUGUGAACGUGCCCUGGAGAGAACCUUAAAGAAUGGUGGUCGUGAAACGAAACCUUCACGUAUGGAGGUGUUAUCGAUUUUGCUAAAGAAUCCCUAUCAUCAUUCGUUGCCACAUGCCAUACCGGUGCAUAUGAUGAAUUCAACGUAUCAGGUCGUUUCAUUUGAUGGCUCAACAACAAUCGAAGAAUUCCAAAGUACUUUGGCCCAAGAAAUCGGCACUCGUGAUUCCUCCAACGGCUUUUGUCUCUUCAGUGAUGAUCCCAUUGAAAAAGAUUUAGAACAUUAUCUCGAUCCCAUGGCCAAACUGUGUGAUGUCAUCUCGAAAUGGGAAACGGCGCUGCGUGAAAAAGGUUCGGGUAAAUUUGAAAAUACACGUGUCAUACAGUUGACCUAUAAAAAUCGCCUAUACUGGAAACACACGGUGAAAUUUGAAACCGACAAAGAACGCCUACUGCUGUGCUAUCAAACCAACAGUCAAAUUGUCCAGGGACGUUUUCCGCUAUCACGUGAUUUAGCUUUGGAAUUGGCUUCACUAAUGGCUCAAAUCGAUAUGGGCGAUUAUUCGCAUGAAAAGUCCAAGAGUGCCACCACAAAUGUGGGCAUUAAAGCAUUGGAUAAAUUCUAUCCAUAUCGUUAUAGAGACGCUUUAAAUCCGGAACAAUUGAAGGAUAUACAAGAAUCUUUAAUAACGAAAUGGAUAUUGCUAAAGGGGCGCAGCACUUUGGAUUGUGUACGCAUCUAUUUGACCUGUUGUCGCAAGUGGCCAUAUUUUGGUGCCAGCCUCUUUCAAGCUAAACCCAGACACUCGGAUCAAGCCAUGGCUUGGUUGGCGGUAUCAGAGGAUGCUCUCAACGUUUUGGAAUUAUCGACCAUGGCUCCGUUGGCCAGAUAUCCUUAUACUUCGGUUAUGACAUUUGGUGGUUGUCAGGACGAUUUUAUGUUGGUUGUGUCGAACGAGGACACCUUGGCCUCAUGUGGUUCACAUGAACAAAAACUUUUGUUUGCCAUGUCCAAACCGAAAAUUUUGGAAAUCACUCUGCUAAUUGCUGAUUAUAUGAAUGCUUUGGGUCAUACAGUGCCCGGUACACCGCACAUGAAUUCUUUAACGCGUAAUGGUUCUCACAGAUCUAUAAGAUCACGGCCACCAGGUGGUACGGGAGCCACUACAGUUGGAGGAACAUUGUGUGGUAACACCACGGCUGGCAUGUCAACCAAUGCAACAACGACGGCCCACAACACCCUCAAUUCACAUGCCACGCACACGCUGAAUUCCAAUCACUCACACACAUUAAGUUCCUCACACUAUAGUGGCGGCGAUCAUGGUGGCGGCACGAGGUCACAAGGUGGCUCACAUCAAGGUACACUGAAUUCCUUGCAUAGUCAAAAUCAUCAUCACCAUCAUAAUCCACAUCAGCCGGAUAUUCUGAAGAGUACACCAGAUCAUCAGAGAAUAAAAUAGAAGAGAAUAAAUUGUAAAUAGCA